GCUCACCAUCUGUUUAAGCUCCUGAACUUCAACGGAAACUGAGAUACGUAAACUCGCUAGUGAUGAGCGGUAAGAAGCAGCAGAAAGUGGUCAUCCCACCUAUCAAUCUUAUAUUUCAAUACCUUCAAAAACAGUGCAAAGUAUACAUCUGGCUAUACGAGCAGAUAGAUUUCAGAAUUGAGGGGAAGAUAAGGGGAUUCGACGAGUUUAUGAAUGUUGUUGUUGACGAGGCGUAUGAAAUUAGUUCAAAGGAUGGAACAAGGAGUGAAAUCGGAAGAAUACUACUGAAAGGUGAUAACAUCACACUCAUUUCUAGCUUAGAAUCUUAAUCUAAUGAACUCUGGUUAUGGUAUCAAGUGUACAUCAUCGUUAGUGACUCUGCUGUACCGUAUAAACCAGUUGCGCCACCAAUCAUAACCAUUGAUAUUCCGUUGCUUGUGUCUGUACAACGUGUGUUUUCCAAUGAGACCAGACAGAGACCUCAGACACAAAGCUACAACAGAGACACAUAGU